AUGUCACUAUGCACUCAUUCCCAAACCCUGAAGUUUCCUGAACGUUUCAAAGCUUGGGUUACAUUGGUUGGUGGAAAACUGGAAACAGAAGGAAAAAGUUCAAGGGGAAUUCUUGAGGAGCUCCCAGUUGCUCCUAAUGAAGAAAAUAGUCAAUUGUCAAGAAGUUCAGGUUUGUUUCCAACAAUGACAGAGGAAAGUUUGUAUUCUUCAAAGUAUGGCAACCAAUCUCAUGAUAAAUUGCAAUCUUCCCAAAUGUCCUCUUCAGAUAAAUGCUAUGGAGAAUUAAGAUUAUUAAAUAAACUAACGGAGGAACACAUUGAUCCUGAAAAAAAUAAUAAAAUGAGAGUGAAAUUAGCAACACAAGUAUUCAGUCACAGUAUUGCUGUAGUUGCUGAGCACCUUACGGCGCGAGGAGAUUUGCAAGAAGAGUGUCGUCAACUGGUGAACAUAACAUUAUUAAUUGAUGAUUUAUUUGACAGUCUAAAUAUCAACACGCUAAACAUUCCCAAUGGAAAAAUUUAUAAAGAAAGUGUAAUUCCUUCAUCCAAAAAUUUUAUAAAAACAAUUGAAAACAUGGAGGCAAUUUGGAAGGUUUUGUAUCAAAACUAUAGGUUAGAUUGUUUGUUGACUAACAAUUUAAAUCAAGACCCCAUUGAAAACUUCUUUGGGAAUAUCAGGAGUUAG